AGUGGUGACCCGGUGAAACAGCCUUGGAAGGAGAGCCGGCGAGGGACCUGCCGUUCGCCGGCUCUAAUAGGUCUCUUUCGCAGCCCAGGUGCAUCUUCUCUCGGCUCGCGACCGCUCGGACUUCCUUGAACUUGAACGAAAGCGCCAAAGCGCUUGGAAUCGUCUUUUCGGAGCAAAACCCCAAGGAUGAAGAAAACCUUGUUACUGGAGCCUGCCCUUUCCUUAUAUAUUUUUGCCUAUUCUUUGAUCACUCCUCUGAAGCAACAAUAUGUAUACAAAAGGAUCUGGGAAGAAACGACCAACUCGACCUUCAUAGCUCAAGAUAAUAUGUCUCAUUGUGAACUGAAUCAAAGCAACCCAACCUAUGCGAAGCAAAAGGAAGUCCAAGAAAAAGCUUCUCUCUUUGCUAUGAAAACAGACUUAUGUGGGGCAAUUUUCAGCAUUUUGGUGGCCUUUGUCCUUGUAGCCAAUGGAGAUCGAUAUGGACGCAAAAUAUCAUUGGUUCUUCCCCUGGUGGGGAGUCUUACCAGCAGCGUCUUCCUCUUUGUUAUGUCAGACUUGUCUUUGCCCCUCUACCUCUUCUUUGUUUUCUCCUUGGUUGGGGGGCUGUUUGGAGACUUGGCUACAUUUCUUGGAGGAGCCUUUUCCUUUAUAGUUGAUUGCUGUGAGACUCAGAAACAAAAGACCAUCCGAAUAGCUGUGGUUGACUUAAUCUUUGGAUUCACAUCUGGAUUUGCAGGAUUGGUCUCAGGAUACAUUCUAAAAGAAAUGGACUUUAUGUGGACAUUUGCUAUGAUUUCUCUAUUUCACAUGGUCAACAUUUUCUAUGUCAUAUUUUGCUUGGAUGAAACGGUGAAAGUCUCUGCAAUCCAGACACAAUCUUGGCGGGAAGGUCUUAAAGACACUCUUUCUGGAGUAUAUAUGUUCUUUAAAUCCUCCUCCUGUAAGAAGCGAAUUUUAAUCAUCUUGCUGCUGUGCACAUUCAUGACUUACCUUUUCACAGUAUUUGGAGCGCUUAGUCUCUAUGUGCUAUAUGAACUGAAUGCUCCCCUCUGUUGGAAUGCCAUUUAUAUAGGGUACGGCUCAGCUGUGUCCACCUCAGUCUCUGUGACUGGAUUCUUAGGGAUUGUUUUCCUUUCUCAGUAUCUGAGAGAUAGCUACCUUGUUUUUAUUGGAAUCUUCUCUUAUAUUGGAGGAAGUAUUAUGGCCGCCUUUGCGAACACUACAUUGUUGAUGAUGUUGGUGAGAAUACCAUCGAUGCUCCUUUUCAUACCCAUUCCAAUUAUUCGAGCCAUGUUGUCAAAAAUAGUUCUUCCUAAUGAACAAGGAGCUUUAUUUGCUUGCAUUGCCUGCUUAGAGAUUCUGACUGGGACCAUUUCAAUUGCUGUCUUUAAUACCAUCUAUGCAAUGACCGUAGCAUGGUUUCCUGGCUUCAGUUUUCUCUUAUCAGCUGGCUUUUGCAUCAUUCCACUGAGUUUAAUAAGUGGGUUUAUGUAUGUUACUCGGCACGAAGAGGACUAUGCGCAACUCACAAAUGAAGAGGGCAGUUCUGGCCAGAAUGACGACAGCUGAACACACCUAGCAGUUACUGCUCGCAAGUUCUAUAAUGGCUUGACCUAUGAAUGGGAUUACUAGAGUUUCAGUGCUUUCAAUGGCUCCAUUUUGAGAAUUCCACAAUAAUUGAUUGGCUCAAAUUUGCUUUUAUCUUGGAUUGCUCUAGGGUGCCGUGCAAGGGAUGCAGUGUAAAUGUGCUCUAUUUCCGUCAAAUGUUGACUGUGGGAUUUUCCUGUCUUAGACUUCUUCCCAUUGCUGCCCUGUUGCACUUUGCCCUUUGAUCCACACUAGGUCAAGACAUAGGUCAACUAAAAAACGUAUUUGCUUUGUCAGAUCACAUAUUGUAAAAUUAUUAUGAUGAAUAGGCAAGCUAUGCUUAAAUUAUUGAUUGGAUUAUAUGUGUUGUCUAAUCCCUUCACUAAUCUGUGUCCUGAAUUCAAAAUUCUCAAGAUUUAUUUAUUUAGGUCAGUAAGGUUAAUCCUUCACCAUCACCCUAUGAAGUAAGUAUCUCUUCUUUUGUGUCUCUUCUUUAAGCCCUAUUAUAUUCAUUGGCUCCUCUUUUAACAAAUGCAUAGGCUUAGAAAGUGUGAUGUAGUUAGUAGGAGAUUGGGUUGGAACUGGGGAGAACUAGAUAGUCUGCUCUCAGCCAUAGAGCAGCCUGAUCCAAGACAAAAACCAGCCAAACUUACUUCACUGGUUGUUGUGGAGAAAACAAGGGAGGCCACAGUGUACAUUGACUUAAAGGCUAAGAAGGUAAUGUAAUAACAGUAAUGUUCCGUGAUUCAUAUUCCUUACAGAAAUUGAAAAGCAAAGAGUGGUGAGCUACCCUGAAAACCAGUGGUGGGAUUCAAAUAAUUUAACAACCAGUUCUCUGCCCUAAUGACCAUCUGGUAGGUGGGGCUUGGU